ACCCUAACCCUAGCCGCCGAUCACUCGGCCUCUCUCUCUCAUUCUGCCUCGAUUUUCGAGCCAUAGAAUAAGGGGAUCUAGGGUUUUGGUUCAGCCUUGUCUUGUUCAUUCUAAUCCAUAGAAUUGAAUCGAGAUAGAUUGUUUUGUGUGGUGUUCUUCCUAGAUCUCACCAAGCUAUUUUUGAUUAUUCAAAUCCGCCCACACGAAUAAAUUAUCAAGGACAAGGGAAUAGAUUGGAAGAUUCGUGGUCGAUAAAUCAAGGAUCUCCAGGUGGUGCAGCUAGCAACGUCAAUCCUAUGGUGGAUCAAGAGCUUGAACGAAAGAUGAUUGAUGCUUGGGAUAUUUAUUAUGCUAUACUUAGUUCAAGGAAGCAUGACUCUGAAUUGUUUAAGGGAUGGAAAAGUAAGCUUGAUGUUGAUCUAUUGAUCAAAGACUUGAAGUUGGUUCUAAUUAAGGAUCGUCCUUCCACAUUCCAUCUACAAGGCGAUGACAAGGAUUCACAUGCUCGAUGGCAUACAGCGGAUUGUCAUCUCAAGGGGUUUCUGUUGGCCGCUAUUGGCAAUGCCCUUGAGAGGUUUGACGAACCCAAUAGGCCAUUGAUCAACAAGCCCAAGUGGUUUGAAGAAGUGUCCUCCAAGGCUAGAGUUGGUCUCGCUGUGAAGCAUUUAAGGAGUGAUGUAUUGGAAGAGGGCCAAAACGUGGGCAAAUAUGCCCUAGUCAUGCUUGGCUACUUCGAUGAACUUCACUUGUUGGGGGGAAAAGUUGACCCAGAAACCCGGUAGAUAAUGAUCCUUGAUGGGCUUCCAGAUAGCUUUAAUGAAGUCAGAGAUGAAAUUUUGUUUAGCGACAAAAGGUUUUCGUUUUUGGAGCUUUAUAACAAGCUUGUGACUACUCAAACAAAGAUGAGAAGAAGGGGUGGACUUUUGAGAUGACCGUGUUCAAGUCAGAGGAGUUUAUUUUUGCUUUAUUUACAAUUGUUGAAUUUGGAUUUUUGA